AUGAAUAUCAACACUGUAGUUAAACUCGCAAGAUUGACAGGUCACUCUUUGCGUACUUUCCAAAGUUAGAAGAAGGGAUACUAAAGAUUACUCGCUACUUCUCUUAACAACAUUUCUAGAUUUAGCUUUUGCGCUACAAAGAUUAAUGUAGAAUAAUUGAAAAAGCAAGAUGUCGAAUAAAUGGCAUUCAAAACUGAAACUAAGAAACUUUUAGAUAUUGUUGCAAAAUCUCUUUACACUGACAAGGAAGUAUUUUUGAGAGAACUUCUUUCUAAUGCUUCUGAUGCCAUUGAAAAGCAAAGAUUCUUAAAUUCUCAAAAGGACAAUAAUGACGAUGAUGAUUUCAAAAUUUAGGUUGAAUGCAACACUAACAAGCGUUAAAUUAUCAUUUCUGAUAAUGGUGUUGGUUUCACCAGAGAUUAAUUAAUUAAUGAUUUGGGUACAAUUGCUCGUUCUGGAUCCUAAUAAUUCGUUAAGGAAGUAGGUAAAGGUUCAGCUGAUAACAUUAUUGGUUAAUUUGGUGUCGGUUUUUAUUCAUCUUUCAUUGUUGGUGAUUCUGUUUAGGUCAUUUCUAAGAGUGAAAAAGAAAGCUAAGCUCACAUGUGGUAAAGUGAUGGUAAUGGUGAAUUCGAAAUUUCAACUGUUGGAGAUUGUGGAUUUAAAAGAGGUACUCGUAUCAUCAUCCACUUGAGACCUGAAUGCUAAGAAUUCUCCAAAGCUGAAGAUGUCAAGAAGAUUAUUCAAAAGUACUCUAAUUUCAUUAACUUCCCUAUUUCUGUAAACGGUGAAAGAUUCAAUUUAGUUUAAGCUAUCUGGACUCGCAGCAAGUUCAGCGUCACUGAAGAAGAAUAUGUUAAAUUCUGGGAAUACAUUUCUAAUUAAAAGAUGAAAUAUUUUGCCAAAUUGCACUAUGAAGUCGAUGUUCCUUUGAAUAUCAAGUCCCUUCUUUACAUCCCUGCCGCUCACGCUGAAAAAAUGGGCUUUUCUUAGGAAUAAAUGGCUGUUUCUCUUUAUUGCAAGAAAGUUCUCAUCAAGGCUAACUGCCAAGAACUCUUACCCAACUGGCUUAGAUUCGUUAAGGGUGUUGUAGAUUGUGAAGAUCUUCCCCUCAACAUUUCUCGUGAAAAUUACUAAGAUUCCUCUUUAAUCUAAAAGCUUAAGCAAGUCGUUACCAAGAGAGUUUUGAAAUUCCUUGAUGAAGAAGCUAAUAAAAAUCCUGCUGAAUACAACAAAUGGUUUUAAGAUUUCUAAUUCUUUAUUAAAGAAGGUCUUGCUAUGGACGUCGAUUACCAAGAAUAGCUUUUCAAGCUUUGCAGAUUCAAUGUUGAUUACUCUAAGGAUUUAGUCAGCCUUGAAGAUUACGUUUCUAAAAUGAAACCAGGUCAAUAGAAGAUUUACUACGCUCUUCUUCCUAAUAGAGAAUCAGCUGACAGUUCUCCCUUUAUUGAGCCUUUCAAGGGAACUGGCAUUCCUAUUAUUUACACUUUCAUCAAUAUUGAUGAAAUGAUUUACCAAACUGUUGGUUCAUACAAAGGUUUCUAAUUUGUUAAUGUCGAAGGUGAUUUCAAUGAAAUCUCUCAAGAUAUUAAAAAAUUCAAAAAAGAUACUAAAACUGAAACUAAAUCUGACACCCAAUCAAAGAUGGACUCUGAUGAAAUUACUCCCUUCUGUUUGUGGGUAAAGAACGAAUUAUAGCCUAUUGUUACUAAGGUUGUAGUUUCCGAACGUCUUACAAACUCUCCUGCUAUUGUUUAAUCUCAAAUGUCAUCUGCUAUGCGUCAAAUGGUUAUGAUGAUGGAAUAAAACAAUGUUGGCGACAUCAGUAAAAAUUUAACUAUGGAAAUUAACCCCAACCACGAACUUAUUUAUAAAAUUAACGAAGUCAGAAAAUAAGAUUAACAAACUGCAUCAUUAAUCUUAAGACAGCUUUGUGAUAACUGUAUGGUUACUGCUGGUAUUCCUACUGAUCCUAAGAGAUUCAAUGAUAGAAUUUAAAAUAUGAUGUCUAAGAUUCUCGAUAAUAUAAUUACUAGUAAAGAUAGUAAUGCCUUUGCUUCUAGAUCCUAAGCUGACUCUAAAGUAGAAGAAGGUACUGUUUAUUUAGAUGAAAACGGAAACCCUAAAAUUAAAUGA